UUUAACAUUUUCCCUGAAAUGUAAUCCUCUACUCACUGCAAGUGCCUCCUGUUCCAGGACUUACGUGCUGGGCAAUGACGAUGGGGCUGGGAUGGGGGCAGAAUAAAGGAGCCAGGACCUGAAACACCAACUCACACUGAGACCUUGAACAAAGACCCAGAGUCUUUUCUUCCAGGAGGCUCAGCUGCUUUUCUUACUCAUUCGGUCUUCAGAUUCUGGCACAAGAUGAAAGCUUCUGGUCUUCCCAUCUGCCUUCUCUCUGCUGCAUUUUAUCUCUUCUGGACACCUUCUGCUGGGCUAAAGACACUCCAUUUGGGAAGCUGUGUGAUCACCACAAACCUUCAGGAAAUGCGAAAUGGAUUUUCUGAGAUACGAGACAGUGUGCAAGCCAAAGAUGAAAUCAUUGAUACCAGAAUCUUGAGGAAGACUGAGUCUUUGCAAGACACAAAGCCUACAGAUCAGUGCUGCCUCCUCCGCCACGUACUGAGACUCUACCUGGACAGGGUAUUCAAAAACUUUAAGACUCCUGACCACCGUAUCCUCCGGAAGACCAGCAGUCUUGCUAACUCUUUUCUUACCGUUAAGAAGGAACUCCGGCUCUGUCAUGCCCAUAUGACAUGCCCUUGUGGAGAGGAAGCGACAGAGAAAUACAGCCAGAUUCUGAGUCAUUUCGAAGAGCUUACGCCUCAAGCCGCAGCGGUGAAGGCUUUGGGAGAGCUGGACAUUCUCCUGCAAUGGAUGGAGGAGAUGAAAUAGGAGGAGAGCGAUGACCUUACUGACAGUGGUGCUGGCCAAGCAUCCCAGUCCUUGGUACCGGCAGAAGCAUGGCCCCAAACCAUCAUCUUGCUGCUGCAGAAUCUAGUGCUGGUCACCAUGUAUAUAUUAUUUAUUUAUUUAUUAUUUGCUUCCUUAUUGUGUUUGUCUCCAUGUUUUCCUACUCUUAAUCUAGCCCAUGGUUUUAUAAGAUUUUUGAUAAUAUUUUUUCUACCAUUGGGUGUAUUUAUUAGUUAAUGUAUUUAUUUAUUUUUGC